AUGUCGUACUUUCUUUCAAGAUGCUUAAGUUUGUUAACAGUAACCUUUAUAUUUAGAGGACCGCUGCUUACAUCAGCCGUUAAAGGUAAGAUCUUUCAUGGUACAAGUGAAAUUUUUAAACAUUACCACAACAUACACGGACAUUUGCAAAAUACGCGGAUAUACUUCAAUCGAUUGGCAAUAUCGAAUCAGACUUCAAAACGCUUCUUCAAAAGAGAAAGAAAGCUGUUAUCACUUCACCAUUUACGUCAUUGUGGUGUUGGGUGAAGAUUGCAAUACUGAAAUCAAAGAAAAAAAGAUAUUGUUUUUUUUUCUCAACAAUCUUUUUCCUUUAAUAUUUUACAUAUUCAAGCAAGUGCAGCCCCUCGAUUACCGAACACCUGCUGUGUUGAGAUAGAUUAGUAGUCAUUUUAUGACGUACGUUUUCGUUUUUCCUUUCCUUAUCUUUCUUAAGAUAUAUAGAAAUUAUAAAUAUUUUUUGUUAAGCUGCCAAAAAAGGGAAAAUAAUUCUAAUCGGAAGGAUUUCAAGAAACUAAACUGUCACGCUACGUUUUUCAUGACCCUCACAACACGCGUGCUGUCUUAAUUUAUUUUACCACAUGCGCUUAUUUAAAUAGCAGACUUACGUAAACAUAAUCAAUCUUUCGUGGGGAUAAGUUCUAAACUGUUUUCAUGAAAAGUAACCUUAAAUUGUUGCACUUAAGUCACGAUCAUUCUAGGAUCAAAUCAACCACACGUUACAAUAAUUAUAAUUUCGAAAUUUCCACAACAUGAAAAGGAUUGAUGGUGAAAUUGUGUAAAGAAAAGAUAUGCUUACACCCUUAAACAGGUGUAUGGUUACUGGAUUACUGCUAAUGGGUGCUUUUCGUGUCUUACAUAAAAGUUAAUAAGGUUCCCUAGAGCUGACAGCUUCUCUGUGGUCAGCCCAGUCAGUCGCUCGCCCGCUGAAAGACAUUUCUCGUUUACCUUUCAAAUUUGCAUACAUUUUUUUGCCAUCGGUUAAAGAGAAAAACAUUGGCCAUUCGUAUGGAAAUUGUACCUUUUUGUUAUACUACAACGGCAUAUAAUAAUUAGGUGAGUUUGGUCGAAAAAUGAUUCGUGUGCGUCUUGACGUUAAUUUAUGUAUAUGACUUGUGAGUGCAUUAACAAAUACUUUGACAUAUUUUAUUACUAAACGAUUUUAUUUAGCAUGUAAAACAGUAAAUGCAGCCAAUGUUGUGUUUUCGUUUCAAGCAUUGCCAUAAAUUUUUGUUGAUCAUAGAAAAUGACUGUUUCGUCAUGUUUCGCUUUAUCUUUAGACUGUCCUUUUGAAUGGAGAGCUUUUGACAGCUCAUGCUACAAGAUCAUGACCAACUUUCUUUUCUCAACGAAACUUAGCUGGGGCAAUGCUCGUUCAGUGUGUUUAGGAUUUGGCGGAGACCUUGUUAGUAUAACAAACAAAAAGGAGAUGGAUUUUGUUGACGAGAUAUCGUCAGGUAUCGGAAGUGAACUAAUUUGGAUUGGUUUGAUUGACUGGCUCCAUGAUGGUGAAUUUGCCUGGAGUGAUGGUACUCUUUUCAAUGGGUCAGUUUACAAUAACUGGGCAGGGAGACAACCAAGUGGAGGAGAAUACUGUGUUGCCCACAGCAUAAGCGAAAGACGAUGGCAUGACUAUCCUUGUUCUCAUACUUUUGAUUACAUCUGUGAGAAGCCGAGAGGUAGGCGCAGUGAUCACCUUUUCUCUGUAUGUCUAUUGUUUAAAAUUUUGCAAAGUGUAAUGAUCACAAUUACAGUCGAUGAUUACAAUCGAAAUAAGAAUAGCAAAUAAACUGUCAACAAUCAGUCAAGAGAAAGGCCAUUGCUAACAGUGUUACGAAGUUAUUUAUCUGCUCAAAAUCUUCUGAGACAAUUUCUUGCUGCACAUGUAAAUGCACAUAUAAAUGACGCUUGAGAGCUUCGGAGAGAAAUUUGAACAAAAUCUCGCCUUAAUCCUUCCUUUAAAAAUUUUUCAGUUUACAUUUUUCGUUAUUCUCAUCUCUAUUCUGCUUGAUAUUUUAUGGAUACUUUAAAGAAAAAUACUAUCUUGGUCACUCAUGGGAGUCAAAGGGUUAAGAUUGACCGAAAGCAGAAAUGUUCACGGCUCUUCAACAACGCAAGGCGACGAUAAUUUACCCGAUUAGUAAACAGAGUUUUCUUUGUAAUGAAUUAGUUGUUGUAAUGAGUUAGUGUGCUCCCUUUAUCACAUUGAUAUUGGUGUCAAGUAUAGAUUUAGAGAGGACUGUCGGUGCAGUCUCAGGAAAGAAUAAAAUAUACAUAAGAAAAUCAAACAAGCUUUAUUGUGUCAACUACAUCUUGCUUCCUCUAUAGGCAAACUUCCGUGUCCUUCCACUUGGUAUUUUUAUGGCUCGUCAUGUUACAAAGGAAGUAAAUCUGUUUCGUCUUGGAAAGCUGCAAAAGAGGACUGUCAUGUAUCUGAUGGGUAUUUGAUAAAAAUAGACGAUGCACCCGAGAACAAUUUUACGAAAGUCUUCCUCCAGAUCACAGGACUUACAACGACAAACGAGGUAAUAUUUCCAUUACUACCGAUAACAGCCCUUAACGUUAUCAAUGAAUAGUUGACUGCUGAUAGAAAUCUAGUGCUAUUUACUUUAAAGUAAAAGUAUAACGUGCACUUGAGCCGAGUGACUCACCCAGCCGGAGCUUAUCCCGGUCUCCUCAGCAUGACUAGGAGUAGCACCACUCCCUCUGAAAUGGGAUACUAGUCCACAGCAAGGUUACCCCUCGGCAUUUCAUCAGGCUUCCCUAACAAUUCAACGGUACACAUUUGUACUCCGGGAUUGAGGGAGGCAUUGUGAGAGAAAAGUGUUUUGCCCAAGAACAUAACACUUUGAACCAGCCGGAUCUCGAACCCGGACCUCUUGACUCGGAGUCCUGGGCACUAGCCAUCAAGUUCCCCCCCCCCCCCCCACAGUGAUUCAAACAUCCCAAUUUAUGUCCAUACGCAAUAGCGCUGGUAACCCUUCACUAUUCGUGCUUUUUCGGUAAAAUUUUUUACCUUCCAGGAAAAUAGUUUCUAUAUUGCUGGAAUUGAAAAAGGAUGUGUAUUUCCGGAUUUGCUUUUGUUUUGUAAGAUACUGCUCAGAAAUUCGAGUUUAAAGAUAUUGAGAAGUCAAACCACGCCCAAAUUGUUUCAUCUUCUGAAUUACCUUGGAUCACUCGGGUGUGAUGAAAUAUUUUUAAAUUAAUAACAUAAACGUUUUGCACAGUGUAUGAGGCUGUGACGCACCCUGAUGGUUUGCUUUUAAGCAAGACAUUUUAUUCUGUAGUACGUUUGGAUUGGCCUCAGUGACAUCCAUCACGAAGGAAGAUUUGUGUGGGAAGUGGAUAACAGUACCGUCAACUUCACUAAUUGGGCAAAGAGGCAGCCUGACAACUGGAACGAUAGCGAAGAUUGCGUGGUCGUGGGUGCUGAAAAAUACUUCGGUUUGUGGAAAGAUCAGAAGUGCGAUCGUUGGUUUCUGUAUAUCUGUGAACGGCCGGCCAGUGGUAAGCAAAAAAAAUGAUCUUCAAAACAAAAAAAAUUGCGAUAGCCUCUUCGGGUAACAGACUGACUAGAAUCCGAUUUGACCUGUUAUCAUACAAGUGAUUUGUUGAUCGCCGACACAUUACAAAUUUAAGUCCUUUUAUUAAUUAAUCGAAACAAUACCCUUAAAACAUCGCAUUUGACUUUUUUUCCCACGAAAAAACUGGAUCCAAUAAGCAAUCUAACUGCAUCCGCAACUGAAAAGUACUGUACAAUAAAACAGGCAUGACGGAGAAAAAACGUUAUGUACUAUAGCAAAUAUACAAAAAAGGAAAACAAAUGUUCUUUCAAACCGUUGACCAAUCAAAUGAUCAUUUUUUUCUCAGGUAUUGCAUGUUUUCAGUGCUCAAGUAACUCGUCUUUCACCGACUGCGAAGCCCAACAGGUUGUAGUCAACUGUUCAUUUCCACAACAGUAUUGCUUUAAGGAGAGGAAUUCGACACAAGACGACAAUGAACAAGCCGCCGUCUUCUACAAAGGAUGUACCUCAGCAGAUCGGUGUACAAAAGAAAAGAAGGACUCUGUAGAAUGCUGUGAAAACAACCUCUGCAAUAAAGGUAAGCGUAAAUUAGGUUUCUGCCCAUGGCUAGUGCAAGGCUGGAUACCAGAGGUUCCUGACAUGACGAGGGGACCAAAGAGGUAGAUGUUAAUGGUGCACCUUGAUGGCAAAUUUUGAUAUUAGGGCCAGUUUUUCCCCCUUUCAAUAUCUGGCUUCGUGGUCCCAUUGGUAACGGCGCCUAACUGGUAUACUUGAGGUAUAGCAUGGGUUCAAUCCCUUCAAUGCCUGAUUUUGCAACGUAUGAAAUUAACUUUAGUUAAUCGGUGAAGAAUAGUCAGACCACUUCGUUACUUAGCAAAAUGUCUGCCAACAUCUUGCAGAAGAAAAUGAUGUAGCUCCAAGUUUUUUUUUUAUUCAGAUAUUACCUGUUACCAUUGCACAAGCAACGUAUCAUUUACUGACUGUGCCAGGAAGCAAACAGAAGUGUCCUGUACGUUGCCAAGGAACCGCUGUGUCAAACUCAAAUAUUCCAACAGAGUCAACUACCAAAAAUUUUACAAAGGGUGCGCCGCAACUGAAGAGUGCAAAGUCACGUCUGAUAAAUCAUUUGUGGAAUGCUGUGACGACAACUUGUGUAACAAAGGUAAUUACAACUUUAACUUUUUUUUCCAUUCUCAUUUUCUUUCUUUUAUUGUAUGUAGGUUCUUGUUCAUGAGUCUUGCUGUUACAUGUUGCUAUACGUUGAUCUCAAGCUAAUUUCGAUCAAUCAGUCAUUACUAUUACUCUAUCUACCAAAUUUUUUUAAAUGAAGGUAUGAGAGAAUGCUGACCUCUGUUACAGUAAUUCUACUGAAGAAAUUUGCAACAAAAAAUAUACAAAACUUAGAUAUACAUGAUGACAACAGUAUGAUGAAUCGCUUUAAGUGUAGCCGAAAUGCGCGUAUCAUUUCUCUUCCUCAGUUUAUAAGAAGUCAAAACCCAUCCCUACUGAGAAAAAUAACCAAGUUGAUCAUCUAAUAUUAUAAGAUACCGCACGCACAAGGCCUCUUACUUCCUAUGGAACUACCAUGCUAAAACUCCAUAUGUACCGCACGGGCGUGCAUCCAACACACGACGUGUGCAAUUUCGCUUCGGCUGAAACUUCCCGUCGUGUUUAGCCGCAUGUUUCAAAGAUUUCAAAAUUUUUUCCGUUACAUCCUCAUUGAAAUAGAACUUUUAGGGCUCAAAAUGAGAAGUAGAUAUGCUAAAUAAUACUCGUUUAGAAAAACAAUGAGCAUGAAGUUCUUUCAAGCGACGAAAUUAAUUUUGGAGUUGACUAUACUUCAUUCCCAAACGCAAUGCGAAUUAUGGCUGAAAAAAAACUGAGCUUUCUGACUUCAACUGACACUGUGCGACUUUGGGAACUCUUCAUUAGAACGGUAAAUGUUGUUUUCAAGCGUCGAUAUCCACACUAAAUGUUGUUCAGUGUUUUGAAAUCGUACAGUUUUCAAUAGAAAGCUACGCAAUUUUAUGGUCGUAAACUAUAGUGAACAACAAUUCAAGCAGGUAAAUCUACUACCACCCAUUCCACAAAAAGUGGGCCCAAUAGCCAUUUUCAAUGUCUUUGUUUUGCGGAGGCCACAAGAAAAGUUAUAGCCGUACAUUUUUAGUGCCCAGGUAGAGUAGACAUGGUAAGUUCAAAGCCCCAAAUGCAAAGUCGUAUGUAUCUUAUACCAUUUUUUUGCAUUUGGAGCUCAAAACCCCCUAAAAGUACUUUUUUUCAGUGUCCACGAUGGAACGGUAGAACAAACAUCUUGAUUAUAAACCUCUGAAUGAUCCCCGGGUAAACAUUCGAUAUGUGUAAACCGUCCAAUAGUAAAUGAACUUAAAAUAAAUUUUGAUGUUUCAUAGUGCACUGCAUUAGUCCGAUUUUAGUAGUCACAGAAUUGAUGUCCACAAAUUCUUUGUAACUUCCGUUACCGAAAUAAGAAAAGUAAUUUAACUGCGUUAGAAAUCCCUGUAUAAUCUCUUCUUACCGUCAAUUACUUAUUGUUUCAUCGCAGUUUCAAUAUUUUAAGUCAUCACCUCCUUUUCUACAAGUGGCAAUGAUAGACUUCCCUUUGAAUGAGGCCGAAGAGCACCGUAUGGUUAAGAAUGUAACUUCCGUUACCAGUGUUUAGCGAAAACAAAAGUUCCUUUGCUUCAAAAUGUUCUGUGCAAGUACGAAGGUACCUACAAUCAGUAAGCUCACAGACUUAUAUUAACUGGCUUGUGUCUUGGAAAGAAGUGGAGGCACAAAAGAUCUCAAACUGUAACUUCCGUUACUGUAACUUCCGUUACCAUUUAUUUUGGAAUAUCUUAAAUACGCGUCCUUUGGUUGAGUUGCACUUUGGAACAUCAUCUGGCUGUCUAAAGUCGCGGCAAAAUAAACAUGACUGACAUUAUUGACAUUCCAGUGUUACGCAACAACCCCUCCGUUGCCGUAUUGCGACACAUUCGCCAAGACCGAAGCGUUUGUUACAAAUUUCUCAAUUUUUCAUUGUCAGUCGUUCAUCGAAAUUGACAAAAUCCAAAGGUGAGUAGUAUCAAUAUGAUGUACAUACAAAAUUUAUUUGUAUUGACGUUUUCUUUUGGCUAAAAGCCUCGUUUUCUGUCAGACAGUAAAAAUGUAACGGAAGUUACAAAAACUGGAAGUGGCUUGUUAGGGCCUUAAAACGGGUUUUGGAGUCACAAGAAUGAAAAUUUUGAACAUCAGAGUAGAAUAUAUCGUAAAAAUAAUCAUAUCUAAAUGUUUAAGCUGUAGGCGUUUAGAGAUAUUUAUGAAUAAACCAAUUUUAAACGGCGUAUUUAAAUAAUAAAACUGAAUCGUUGCGUGACAUAAUUGGACCUACUCUUCACACGAUCGCAGAUGCCAAAAAGUCGUGCAGAGAUUCAAAAGGCUUACCGUGAAAGGUAAAAACAGAAAGAAGGGAGAGAUUACGUGGAAAGAGAGAGGACAAGAAAAAGAAAAGCCUACAUACCUGCUGCAAAUUUGGAUGACAAUGCCCUUAAGAAGCGAAGACUGGACCAAAAAGCCCGGGUGGAAAAAUACCGGAAAGAACAGAAAGAAAAACAGUGUGCCAUCGAAAGAGCAGCAGAAGCUUCAUCCACUCAAAAACGUCAAACCCGGAGUGCCUCUAAAGAAGCUGAAAAAGUGCCCCAUUUGAUGGUAAAGUUCAGUAACCCUAACCCUAACCCUAACCCUAAGAUCUCUAUAUUUUCUUCUUUGUAGGAGCAGAGCACUUUAAUAGUAUGAUUUUUAUUUACAUGUUGCCCUGUAUUAAGUAUAUACUACGUUGAUUUUGAAUAACUUAAAACGAGAACUUAAAAAGUGGAAAAUUAUUUUAAAGAUCGGUGAUUUUUUUUUUGCCUAAAGUGAUUUUCAAGUAAGUACAAUAAAAUGUUUCAUAACUACGGAAAUAUAUGACCUUUGGUGCUAAUUUUUGAGGUAUUUACUCUUCGAUAUUUGCGCUUUAAAUUGAAUGAUUCGCCACGUACUUUCUGUGAAACUGAUUUUUUUCGAUUUUCCAAGUGACAUUGGGCCCACUUUUUGUGGAAUGGGUGUACACGCGACUCGUAAAUGCAAGAAAUUCGUUUUUCGGACGGUUGAUAUUAUUUUUAAAUUUUAAUAUUUCCUUUAAUAUUAAAGUAUUGUUCAAUAGAAGAUUUAAAAACCCUUUAAUUUCAUAAGUUUUAAAAAUUUACAACAUCGUCAAACCUACACAAUAUUCUGGCCGUAGAUUUUAGUAAACAAAGAUUCAAGCAUGCUGAAUCUACUACGUGGUCACGUGCAUACAAGAAAUUCGUUCGUUUUUCGCUUCUGAGCAGAAAAUUAACAAUUCUUUGAAUAAAGAUUUGGUCUUGAAAUAUUUCUUGGUCGUUUCAUUCAUAGGUAGGACACGAUUACCUUUUCAACCCGACUUAGUUGUAAUAACCCUUUUUUUCGAGCAUAACUUGUGUCGGCAUGCUCUGUUGUAAAGGAAUUGGUUGUUGCUUAAGCUGUGCGUAUAUCAAGUCAUGGACACCCUCGGGAAGUUCGGGGAGGACUCAAGAAGCAAGCGUUUCUCUCGCACUCUCCAAACUUUCCGCGUGCAUCCAUAACUCGAUCGAUAUACGCGUGCUAUGCAUGGAACAAGAUAGAUAAAUAGAUAGAUAGAUAGAUAGAUAGAUAGAUAGAUAGAUAGAUAGAUAGAUAGAUAGAUAGAUAGAUAGAUAGCUUUAAUAAAAAUCGCAUGGCAGCCUAAUAAGGCUGAAUUGCAUGAUUAUUUACAAUACAAUACUGGCAAUAGUUUUGUAUAUAGUCAUCUAAUCGAACAAAUUUUUUCAUUGUAGAAUCGGAGUUGAGUUGUUUCAAAUGCAGCAGCACGGUUUCCCACGACGAAUGCCAAAAAAGACGCCAAGAACACGUCUGUAUGAGUUCAAGGGCUGAUCGCUGUUAUCAUGCCUCCAUGCAACAGACCUCACGGGAUGGAUCCAGCGUUACUAAGCACUUUGGGUAUGGGUGCACUUAUCACUUAAACUGUAACAACACUGGAUAUUUUUUCGCUGGUUGCGUUGAGUCAAGUGAUGCUUGCCAAGUGCGAUGUUGUGGCAAAAAUCUUUGCAACGAAGGUAAACAUGAGCAAAAACGUUCCUGUUGAGUUUACCAACACAGGAAGAAGAUAUUGAUAGGAGAGUUUAAAGAAAAGCUUCGUUUAAACUUAGAAUGUUAAAUUUGGUUUAGCGAAAGCGUUUGUCUAUGAGAUGUUACCCGCCAAAUACGUUGGCAGGAAACUUGCCGGUUAUUCUCAAAGAAAACCUGCCGGUGCAGAAUUCCCUUAAGGCUCAUGUCAUUUCCUGAAUAGACAUCCUUUAAAGUCAACAACAUACGGAAAUUCACAAUCAGCAAGUUUUUCUUUGACAGUUCACCAUAUUAAAAAUUCUGGUUUGGUAUCUUUCGGACAUAGGUACUUUUCCGGAAUAGUCUUGUCUUUUUUUUCCUUUUUCUUCACCUGCACUGCUGAUGUAAAAUUGACGAGGAAAACAUUCUUGGAAAUGUACUUUGUCAGCUUACAUGAAGGUGAAAUAAUAGGGAAAGCCUGUGAACACAGAUUUGCAUAUUUUCUUGCAGUUUCAGCGACAGGAGAAGAAGUACCCUCGAAGGUCAACAACACGAUAGUGUACUUAUCACUGGCUACCGCUGCAGGCUUGGUAGUGCUGUGCUUCAUUACAGGCUUCUGGUGCUACAGGAAGUCACAUCACAAGCAAAUGAAAAGGUUAAAUCUACUUGCUGAUUACUACGUUUCCUGUUAGUUGUAAUAGUUUUUGACUUAAAUCAUGAAAUUCAUCAAAUGUAAAGCACACAAUAUUUCGCCUGAUCAUUUUAGCCUUCUCCAUGGAUGUUUGAGAACGUAGCGGUUUACGACGUUGGUGAAUUUGCAUGUUUUCCAGUUUUCAAAUCAUCGAUCCAAUUCGAGCCAUUGUUUAUCUUGAAUGAGUAAAUCGGAAGUGCUUUCAUUACGUCAAACACACAGAAAAUACUUCUGAUGUAUACAUAUGAAACAAUUAUUUCGCUCUUUUCGUGACAGUGGGAAUUUUUAGAACACUAGUUUGUGCAUACGAACCUCGACGGUCACAUUCCUUGCUAUCACGGUCGUUUCCACCCAAUAGUCGACAAAGUAAUCUGUCUUCAUCACAAGACGCGUCUUGAAAAGAUACUCCAUAUGAAAGUGUAGGUUAUAAAAUUUUUAAUCCCUGGUACCCCUCAGAAUUUCAAACAAUCUGCGACAAAGGAGGAGCCACAUCUGGUUAUCUUAAAAGACUGACUUUGUAGUUGUUUUUCUUAGAUCAAUAAGGCAUACGCGUGAAAUUAUCGCACUUGACAAAUGGGAAAUUCUUCCUGAGGAAAUAGAAUACGAAGAGGAGCUAGGCCGCGGCGCCUUUGGCGUGGUCUAUAAGGCCACUCUUAAGAAACGACAAGGAAUUGAAAUUUUUGACCCUGGAAAAAAACAGCAGCAAGAUGACAUAAACCACGUGGUGGCGGUAAAAGAAUUGCAAGGUACUUUAAAACCCUAUUAAGGCUUUUUAGACGAUUUUUGUUCCAAAUUUCGAAUUUUCUACUUCAGUUUACUUUAUCUUAAACAUCACUGAAACAUCCAAAUUUAUGUGGUUGAGGCGAUAUUUUUGGAAAUGUAGACUUCACAUUUUAAAAGUUAUCCAUCAAGCUUUAUAUUAGGUUGGUUUAUACGUGAGAGAAAACUUUUCAAAACGAAUCAAGGAUAAAGCUUGAGGUAUGGAAACUAAAUUUCAAUUCGCUAUAUUUCACAUAAAAUGGAAAUAAAAUUGAGAAUACUCGCUCAGUUUCAUUUACCUUUGAUUUCACCAAUUAAUGGUCCUUCAGUAUAGAGGGUAUACAUUUUCAAAGGCAGUCGCGUCUCCAAAAGGGAAAUCCGUGGAACAAAAUGUUUAAACACCUAACAUCUUAAUGUUUUCCCUAGUUGAUUCAAGCGAGGAACAAGUGUUAGACUUUCUUAAUGAAAUAUCCCAAAUGAAGUUGUUAGCUGCACACCCGAAUAUUGUGUCUCUUGUUGGAUGUUCCACACUGCGCAAGCACAAAUUCCUGGUGUUGGAGUAUGUUCCAUAUGGUGACUUGUUAGACUGGUUACGAAAGAAAAGGCAAUCGGUGGGGAAAAUGUUUAAUGAAUAUUCAGUAGAAUUUAGAUCCAGUUUCCCAAACCAGACAUUUUAGUUGCAAGGGGGCAUUAUAAGGGGGCUGCUACAAUUUUUCUGCUCGCUUUCAACUUCAGGCUUCGUAUCUCAGUUGUUAGAGACGACUAACAAGUACACGGAAGUCAUUGAUUCAAGUACAUAAUAUAUUUCCAAGCUUGGAAUUUUUCAAUUUCUUCAAUUGCUAUCUUUGCACAAGGACCAGAAGAUUGUGGAUCAAAUUAUGGUCUUUUCAAGUUCAGUCAUAACUUUCUGACCGACAUUCGCUUCUUAAAAUGACAGGGUCUUAUAAAACCUGUUUUCCACUUUUCUCACUCAUAUUUGUGAUGUAGUCAAUCCAGGUAUGCUUACAUCCUCUCCCCUUCAAAAACAAAACAAAACAAAAACAAAAACGAUUUAUAUUCGACAUUAGCAAAUGCACAAGUAGUUGAAUUCAUUGUUAGAAUCCAGUGAGACAGAUAAGUACGUAAGCGUGUGUUUAAGAAUUUUUGCGAUAGUUGGAUAAUAUGAAACUUCAGACGAGGCCUCAAAUCAUUUUCAGAAACAUUGCAUACUGAAAGUUGUUGGUUUUCUGUUAUUCUCUUAUCCUGCGAUCCUCUGAUUUCUCAAAAACGUCUAUUUAUUGUUCUUAAGAUCAAUCUGUAUCUGGCCUCAGAGGAAAAACGAGCAGAGAAUUUUUAUGAGGAAAAAGAACCACAGAGCAAUCAAUGCCAAGUGAGUAAGUCAAAUAAAAAAAAAUGGAGUUGCGCCCAACAAAAAUAUGGCACAUUGGAUAUGCACAUAAAAUCUAACUGAAGGAGAGAAAUUAGGUAAAACGAAAGACUACGAGGGAGAAACAUUCAAUUUACGACGUAGUAAGCCUCUAGUGAUGCUCAUUGUUCGUUUGCUUUUUUCCCCAGUUAUACACUCUUUCUAUAACACUCAAAAGUGGGAUGUAGGCUGUGUGGCUCAGGACACAAUGCAAACCUUUCAAUAAACUGAUCAGUACAUGUAUAACAAAAUAAGGUUCUUGUGGGACUUAUCUGUUUAUCUAGCUUAUAUUUUCUUUCUUUCUUUUUUCUACAUUUAUCAAAGAAAACCGAGUCAGAGAUAAAGCCAUCACAGUUGGUUUCAACUGAAGCUACAGAACAAGGAAAAGUAGGAGAGAAGGACUUUUCCACAUGGCAGCUGCUUUCUUUUGCUGCACAAAUAGCAAGAGGAAUGGUAUCAUUAAUUCAUUCACUAAUAUCUCUCAACUAUUCUAUUGAUAUUUCAGUUAUUUCUAUUUCAAAGUUAUUUACCCUACCAAAUUGUAAUAGUAAAAAUUGAAAUAAAUUCCUUGUCUCUGCCGUUUAACGUAUGAUUGUAAUCCUGAAAAAAAAGACACGUGAAAAGAAAGAAUACUAUAAAUGUUAUGCAGAGGCGAUUCACCAAAGGGAACUACCACAGAGAAUGAAUUUCAAGUUUAUUUCUCAAAUCUCCUGAAUAAUCUUACGAUAUGAAAAGUCAGCGGUGAAGACCAAAUAAAGUUACAAAAAAGAAAGAAAGGGAUGGGUCCAGAUUUUUCAAACUGUUAUUUGAAGAAAGCAACCUUCAAUAAUUUUUAAAUGCCGUUCUUUACCAGUUUCUUUUUUUCUUCUCUAGAAUCAUCUUGACGAGAGGGGUUUCGUUCAUCGUGAUCUAGCAGCCCGUAAUGUUCUGGUUGGCAAUGAUAAUCGAGUUAAAGUAUCAGAUUUUGGGCUGAUGCGUCAAGUAUAUGAAGACGUUUACACCAUCAAAAAGACGAAGAAACUCCCUAUCAAAUGGAUGGCUCCAGAAUCGAUUUAUUACAGUGUUUUUACUACCAAAAGUGAUGUGUAGGUAUUCGUCUCUGUGUAGGAGUUUUUUAAGCCGAAGAAAAUGUUCUUCGUUAAAUAUCAUCAGGUUCGUGAAAUUGGACAAGAAAAAUAAAGCAAAACAAAUAUCAAUUAAACUUAUCAUAGUAUUGGUGGGAUAUUUCUUUUUCGAAUUAGAAGCAAUGUGUAAAGCUUUUAAAGAGGCAUUUCUUCUUUUCCUCCACAGAUGGUCCUAUGGAGUGCUUUUAUGGGAAAUGGCUACAAUGGGUAAAUUCCCUUUGAUUUCUCAGCUUUUGUAGAUAGAUGAUAGAUUGAUAGUAUGUGUGUCCAAUUCAAACCGGGUUAGUUAUUUCACGUCGUGACAAAUAAAGCCGUUUUAUUCGGUGACCAUUUUUUUUGUAAUUGAAUGCACGGUAAAUGUUAACGCUUAUUAUAUACAAUUGCGAUAUUUGUCAUAGGUAUUGCAAGUACUUUUAUGAAUACAUUGGUGUUUCGUGCUUUGAAGAGAAAAUAACUUCCUAUUAUUUCCUCAUAGUGCUUUGUAUCAACCUUGCCGUAAGUGAAUUAUUUUAGAGCCUUUGCCAUCCAUGCCUAUGGAUAAGGAGAUCGUGUCGUGUGCUUAAAACAUCAACCAAUAAUGUGGCUUCCUUUACAACCUAUACUGAAAUCUUUUUGUUUCAAUAAUUGUUGGACUUGUUUCCUUUUUACCGGUGUAGUGAUUUUCGUCUCAUCUUCUACACAGGAGGAGUUCCAUACCCAACGCUGACUAAUUCCCAAUUGUGUAAGCUACUGAAGACAGGUUAUCUUAUGGGGAGACCUGACAUGUGCUCUGAUGAAGUGUAAGCAUCAUGACUGUGUAACGGUUAACAGCGUUUUAGGGGAUGAUUUUUAAAAAAUAUCAUUGAUGCAUUUGCCUUUGUCAUGGUUAGCUGUGUUUGCUAUUACCAUGGUUAUCUCCACAGUUGCUCUUUUUCUUUUUUUCCGCUUUUUAAAUUUAUUAUUUUUGUUUUUUGUUUUCUCCGUUUUACUUUGCUCACAUGCUCAGUUCUCACCAACCAGAAUUUUUAAGACACGAUUAAUUGGCUAAUAACUCCUCGCCUAACUCUGAUGAUGACUUCCGCCUAGCUUAUCGAAACGUCGGUAACUAUCCCCAAUAAAAGUCCAUCUAAGAAGUAUUUUCACUCAAACGAUCAGACGAGACGAUCAAAAGGCACCUGCUAGAUCAAUCAAAUAACUUCAUCUGCAUCGAAACUCAAUCACAACUGCUUUUGUUGUAACUGUUGUUAAGUUAAAGAUUAAGUUGGGUUAGACAUUAGUGACGCUUAAGAUCAAAAGGGCUACUAUAGUACCUCGUGCGUUGUUGCUUGAGAGAGAGUUAUUGCCAGAGUGUUAUCUGCGAAGUUAAUUACUGCGUUCGUUUGCGACUUCUACUCAGGCGUACAGAGAGGACCAUCGUUUGACGUGUUUGACAUCAGAUUAUUACUCUGCAAUGAAUUGCAUUGGAAUCACGGUUAUACGUGUGUGGUGUCAAAUUUAGUGCAUCGAUGUCCUUGUGAGAACUUUGAAUUGCGACAUCCCUACGUUGUAAACGCCUGCAUUUAUAUUUGUCACUUUUAGAUAUGAGUUGAUGACUGAAUGCUGGAGGGAAGAUCCAACAACUCGCCCAAGUUUCGCAGACUUGGUGGGAAAACUGGAGGAGAUAAUGACCAGGGACGUACCAUACUGCGACUUGAACAAUUACGAUGAAACAAGUCCAUGGUACAGUGCUGCCCCUGAGACCUCCGAAGAAACGGAAUAGAAAAAUUGAAAGACUCGUUAGAGCUAAAGCCAAUUAAGAAAGAGUCAACUUGCCAACAUUCUUUGGCACUAUUGAGAAGGAGGAAAUAAGUUGGCAAAGAAGUUGGCAAAGUUUGAGGAGAUGAUUUAGAGAAUUAGUGGUUUUUGAAAACAGAGAUCGCUUUGAAAAGGAAUGUGAGAGAUCACGCAUAAGAACGAGCCAGACUGCAUAGAACUGAGAAGUUCUUAAUACUUCUAGAAGGUUAAUAAAUAAACCGUCC